AUGGUUAGUGUUAUUUCCAAGAAGAGAAAGCUUGUUGCUGAUGGUGUCUUUUACGCUGAAUUAAAUGAAUUCUUCACCAGAGAAUUACCAGAAGAAGGUUACGCUGGUUGUGAAGUCAAGAUCACCCCAACUAAGACCGAGGUCAUCAUCAAGGCAUCCAGAACUAACGAUGUUUUAGGUGAAAAGGGUAGAAGAAUCAGAGAAUUAACCAUGUUGAUCCAAAAGAGAUUCAAGUUAACCCCAGGUUCCAUUGUCCUUUACGCUGAAAGAGUUCAAAACAGAGGCUUAUCCGCUGCAACCCAAUGUGAAUCCUUAAAGUUCAAGCUAUUAAACGGUUUAGCUGUUAGAAGAGCAGCUUACGGUGUUAUCAGAAACGUUAUGGAAUCCGGUGCAAAGGGUGUUGAAGUUAUCAUUUCUGGUAAGUCCAAGGGUGCUAGAGCAAAGGCUAUGAAGUUUGGUUCCGGUUUCAUGAUUCACUCUGGUCAACCAGUUAACGACUUUAUUGAAGUUGCUACCAGACACGUUCUUUUGAGACAAGGUGUCCUCGGUUUAAAGGUUAAGAUUAUGAAGGAUCCAGCUCAAAACAAGAAGGGCCCAAGAUCCUUACCAGAUUACGUUAAGGUCCUUGAACCAAAGGAAGAUGAAAGAGUUGAAGAACCAUCUGUCAUUGUUCACAAGUCCGCUCAACCUGAGGCAGCUGAAGAAGUUGAACAAGCUGAAGCAGUUGAAGCAUAA